AUGUCUACACCAGAUAAGCGCGCGUACGCCACUGCAGCAUCCAGCAAGUAUCCUAACUACAUCAAUGACCGGGACCUUUGCAAGCGUUUUCUUGAGGGCUUCAGAGACUCCGCGGGACAGCCGAAGUAUGUGAUUCAGGCCCACCACGUUGCGCAACGACAGUGCAUUGUAUUUCCCAUCUUCCUCGACGAUAUUGCGGCUUUUGGGCAGCUUCAUUUAGCACAAAGGAUCCAGAUGAACGUUGUGGGAUACAUGGAGGAACUUUACAGGGUUGUCGACUAUAUUAUUCCCCAAACUGACCACGUUGUUGACAUGGUGGACCAACUGGUCAUGGAGGCACGGAUGUCUGGCCAAGAGCUGCCUGCUCCGUUGACACGCCGAUAUGAGCUCAAAAUACACCCACUUAGUGAGAGCAGCAUUCCCAUUCCUCUGCGAGAGCUGAAGGGAGGUACGAUUGGCACGCUGACUGUUCUUCGUGGCAUUUGCAUCGCUGCCACUGCUGUCCGCCCAAAGCUCUCUAUACUCGUGUCGGUGUGCGAGGUUUGCGCCGAGACGACCUUCCAGCAGGUCAUCGGUGAUCGACUUACACCGCUACAAGUAUGUCAAUCGCAGCGCUGCAAGCUAAACAAUGCUGUGGGCAGGCUGUUGGCGCAGAACAAGGCAAGUAAGUUCUUGAAAUAUCAGGAACUGCGGGUGCAGGAGUUGCCCGAAGACGUUCCGCGCGGUGCCAUCCCGCGGUCUAUACGUGUUAUCUGCGAAGGGGAGCAAACCCGUAUAGCUGCGCCGGGGCAGGUUGUUCGUAUCACGGGAACUUACUGUCCGGACCCUUCUACUGGGCAGGGUCACGAGGCCUUCCGCGCCUCCACGAUGGUGAAAACGCUUUACAAAGCCAUUCACAUCGACUUAGAAAAGCGCAGCUACCAGGAAGCGGCAGAUAAUAUGCGCGCACAGGUGGAGGAUGUCCGGGACUAUCCUGAUAGAGAAGCCGUUAUUGAAAAGCUCACCCGCAGCAUCGCACCCGAGAUAUGGGGUAUGGAAGACGUGAAGAAGGCACUCUUAUGUCAGCUUGUAGGAGGCAGCUCUAUUACAAACGGGAUUCGGAUCCGCAGUGACAUCAAUAUCCUUUUCAUGGGAGAUCCCGGUGUGGCAAAGAGUCAGCUUCUGAAGUGGAUUGCGUCCGUUGCACCCCGAUCCGUGUUCACGACCGGAAAGGGGAGCUCUGGAGUUGGACUUACAGCUGCCGUAACUCGCGAUACCCACACAGGCGAGGUGAUGCUCGAGGGCGGCGCACUCGUUUUGUCCGAUAAGGGAAUUUGCUGCAUCGAUGAGUUUGACAAGAUGGAUGACUCUGACCGCACAGCUCUGCACGAGGUUAUGGAGCAACAGAUGGUUUCUAUCGCCAAGGCAGGCAUAAUCACAUCGCUGAACGCUCGCACGUCUAUUCUUGCCGCGGCAAAUCCCAAGUUUGGUCGAUGGAAGCGCAACGCGACACCAACAGAGAAUGUGAAUCUGCCGCCAGCACUUCUUUCGCGUUUCGAUCUGCUUUGGCUGGUGCUUGACGAAUCAAGCCGGGAGCGCGAUACUGAGCUUUCGAUGCAUGUUACCCAUGUCCAUCUCCACGGUGUCGCGCCUGGCAAGGUGGCGGAUGAUGGAGUGCGAGGUACCACCACGGAGUAUUUUGGCCGGGACUUUUUGCGGGCGUAUGUGGGUGAGGUCAAGCGCAUUCACCCGUACGUUGAUCCAGGUGCCGCCAAGGCCAUCAGUGACAUUUACUGUGAAAUGCGAGCACAAAGUGUGCGGCACAGCAAUGUUGUCACGGCUCGUACGCUGCUGAGCCUCAUCCGUCUCUCGCAAGCGUGCGCCCGUCUGCGCUUCUCGGAGCGGGUGCUGGAGGAGGAUGUGCGAGAGGCUGGCCGUCUGCUCGACUGUAGCAAGGCCUCUCUCCAGGAUAGGCCGGUCACAGAUAUGCAUCGCGUAGUGACGACAUCCGACGCGUCUAUCUUUUCGACUAUUAGAGACAUCGCUCGUGGGCGUUCAUCCGUCGAUCUCUCUGAGAUUCGCCCCGCACUUGUGAUGAAGGGGAUUGGCGAAUCCCACCUGCAGCGAUGCCUUCGAACGUACUGUGAAGUCGGCGUCUGGUCCGUCUCCGGGACAGUGCUGGAAUUUGCAGAUGACUAG